AUGGCCGAAAAAAGUGUUGUCGACUUCAAAGUCGAUCAGCUUUAUCCUGGAAUUACAGCGCCUCCUAAUAGCGAGCAGAACGAUGAAGAAGAAGAGGGUACUCUCUCUCAACACAUCCGCAAAAAUGGCGAACAAAUCCUCGUCACUUGGAGAAAAGAAGAGGAAGUCCACAUAGUCAGAAAAGUCGAUCUUCUGUUUCUGCCUAUCUUCUCUUUGAUGUUCACUUGGAUGGCCAUUGAUCGCACCAAUGUAUCUGGCGUCCUCACAUCGACCUUCCUCUCCGAUACAAACAUGACUCGUGAUCAAGCUAAUACUGGCGUCUCGCUCCUGUGGCUCGGCAUCGUCCUGCUCGAAAUUCCUUCCAACAUUGUCCUCCACCGCAUCGGCCCCCACUACUGGAUCCCCGCCCAGGUCAUAACCUGGGGCGUGAUCGAAGUACUCCAGAGUCAAGUUACUAAUGCCGGCGGGUGGUACGUCGCGCGACUGAUCCUGGGCGUCGGAGAAAGCGGGUUUAUUCCAGGUGGUCUGUAUACGUUGUCUAGGUGGUACCUGCCCAACGAGCUUACGCAGCGGACUGCGAUCUACUUUCUCGGACCAUCAAUUUCUGCGGCGUUUGGCUCGCUGAUUUCGGCGGGGGCACUGGAAUUACAUCUUAAGGGGGGUUUGAAGGGGUGGCAGUGGAUCUUUAUCAUCUGUGGUGUUUCUACUAUAGCCACUGGUGUCCUUGCUUUCUCCGUCAUCCCCAAGUCCCCCCACCACACAGGGCAUCUCUUCGGCGGCCUCAUUCGCAUACCUGGCUGGCUCACCGAGCGCGAAGCCGACAUCCUCGUCGCGCGCCAAACACGCAUCGCGGAAAAGAACCAAGUAGCCGGACUGACAUUGAAAAUCACCUGGAAGGACAUAACCGACGUCCUCCUCUCCUGGUCCACAUGGCCCUACCUAGUCGUCUGCCUAACAGGCCUGCAAUCCGUCAACGGGCUAAGCACCUGGGGUGCAACAAUCAUCAAGUCCCUCGGCUUCAGCAGUAUCCGCGCGAACCUCCUUAAUGCCCCUGGGAGUCUGUUGGGUGCAUUCUUCGGUAUCAUCCUCUCAGGCUUCGUCGAUCGGUAUAGUCGUUUCGGGUACGGGAUUAUUUUUGCCGCCGGUUGGACGCUUACGGGGCUUAUUGCGCUUUAUCGUGGGCUAUUGCAGCAUCUACCGGUUACGAAUAAGUCGUCGUGGUCGUUUUACGCGGCGUAUGUCGUUACUCAGGCGGCACCAGGCUGGCAGCCAAUCAACGUGACCUGGCUCUCGCUGAAUUUCAAGACGCCUCAGAAGCGUGCGGUGGCGUAUGCGGUGUAUAGCGGUACAUACGGAAACCAGGUAUUCCGCGCGAGCGACGCUCCCCUUUACCGCAAGGCCUGGAUAAUCUGUAUCUCCCUAGGCGCCGUCUGGCUUGCUGGUGUAAUCUUGCAGACAAUUGUCUUCCAGUGGGCGAAUCGCAUUUUCGCGAGAAAGUUAGCCGACAACGCGGAGUUGGAGAGGGAGGUUGUCCAUACAGAUAAGCGGGGACAAGGGUAUCGAUUCUACUGGUGA